UAUAGCAUUAUAUCGAUUUUUGUUUCAAAUGACAAAUAUUUUUGAAAAUUGCUCUACCCACUAUUCAUUUGAAAAGAACCUACAAAAAUGUGUCAAUGCAUCGAAUCCAUGUCAAUUGCUGCAGAAAAUGAAUACUGCUCACUCACUUAUGAUUUGGAUGGGAUUUUAUAUACCUUCUGCCAUGUGUUUUUUGGCUGUACUUGUUGAUACUUAUUGUCUUUUAGUUACAAUUUCAAUACUGAAAAGUCUCAAAAAGCAAUCCCGCAAACAAUACAUAUUUGUAGUUGUAAGAUUGUCAGCUGCAAUUCUCAUUGCUCUAUGUAUAAUAAUAAUUCAGUCAACUUACUUUAUCGAUAUUCCAUUUCGGGAUACAUUUGCAUUUUUUGCAGUAUUAUUUAUUAUCUACGACUUUAGUAUUUUGAGUUUGUUAGGUUCCUUCACCGGUGUCGCCAUGAUGACAUAUUUCGGAGUGAUGCGUCCACUGGUUUAUCGUGACAAGUUUACUCUUAAAACGAUAUACAUCAUUGCAUUCGCGAUAGUUUUAUUUUCGGUUUGUGUUGCGAUUCCAUUUGGCUUAUUUCAAGCAGCCGACGAAAUAGACGGCCCUAUAAAAUGUGAUAGUGAAAGUUGUGAACUUAUCGUUAAAUGGUUGUUGUUUUGCAUAGCAUGUCUCAUCCUUAUGGGAUGCACCGGCACAUUGCUCUUUGUCACAGUAUCUCUCCACUGGCACAGUUAUAAAUCCAAGAAAAUGGGAAACGUGUCAUCUUCUGCAUUCAAUCAUGGAAAAAGCCGACUAACAUGGACAACUACUAUUUUGGUCAUUUUAUGUUGCGUUGAGUUAAUACCAACUGGGUUACUUGCAGCGUUUGGAAAAUCUGAAUCAAUAUCAGAUGACUGUUACGAUUUCUACAAUGCAAAUAGUUUAAUUUUCCCAGCUAUCGUAUCAUCAUUGGAGACAUUUUUAGGAUCAAUAACAUUUCUACUGGACCCAAUUAUAAACUUUUCCUUUGACAAACGCAUUUCGAAAGUUUUCAGUUCUCAGAUGAAAUUUCUGAGAUCAAAAGUCUUUUGUGCUUCAUCUUCUUCAUUAUCAAGAAAUGAUAAAAUCAUUAAAGAUCAAUCUCAAAUUGAAUGAUUACUGUUACCUCCAUCUUCUCAGUUUUGUGUGGAAACAGAUUCCUAUCUAUAGUAUACCCUGCCUGAAUAAUGAAACCUGCAGUCAAUAUCUCACCUCACGAGUAAUUUUCAUUUGCAUAAUUUUUUAAAUAUUUAUUUUGUAUCUGUAAGUUAUGUCGUUUUAAGACCAAGUUCUUAUUUUGUUUUUGUUAACUGAAUAAAAUCUAAUUCGGAAAGAAAA